UUAAGCAACACUAGGGUUCUUCGUCUUUGUGAGCGGGAUGGGGGACGCUAGCGCCGUGGCGCCCGGGGGCGACAGCAGCAAAGGUAGUGCCAACUUCGAUUCCUACAUUGGAAGCCUCAUCAGCCUCACAUCCAAGAGCGACAUCCGCUACGAGGGCGUGCUCUACACCAUCGACGCCGAGAACUGCAACAUCGCGCUCCAAAACGUUCGUUCGUAUGGAACCGAAGGGAGGAAGAAGGAAGGGCCGCAGAUUCCUCCCAGGGAUAGCGUCUAUGACUACAUUAUUUUUCGUGGGUCGGACAUCAAGGAUUUACAGGUGAAAUCUUCUCCGCAAGCUCAUGCGGUCCAUUCGCAGCCUUACAACGAUCCGGCGAUCAUUGCUCAGUCUCAGCAGCCCCAGAAAGCGCAACGAAUGUCUCAACCCAUUAUGGCUCCACCGAUAGGAAUGCCACAGCCUCCAAGCGGAGGUGUUCCACCACCUCAAGUUCCAGCGGGGUUCUCGCACGCUCCAGCAAUUCCCCAUCCUGCAGUGGGAAUGCCACCACCGCGUGACUCACAGGCGCUGCUACCACCGGGUUUUCUCAGCUCGUCAUAUCCGCCAGCAGUCGGCUUGGGUGCAUGGGGUCCUCGUCCACCUCCGCCCGUCGGAAACGCACUCUACUGGCCGGGAUACUAUCCACCACCUAGCGGAAACGCAAUGCAGCCACCGUAUUUGCCAUCGCAGCCGCUCUUACCUCCUGACCAGCGGCCACCGCCUCAAGUUAGUCAGCCGAGCUCGACACAUCCAACAGGUCCGCCGGAGACGGAGAAGCCCCGCGAGACUACUUCCUCGGUUGGAAUGACGGCGAUAUUGACACCGAUCGCCAAGCUCCCACGGCUGCCGUCUGUUUCUCAGGCACCAUUGGAUUCCUCUCAAGAGCUGAAGAAGAACACUCCCACUCCACUCGAGCAACCGCCAGUGGAAGGGGUGGAGCCAUCGAAGUUACAACCUGCCGAAAACUCUCUGCAAGAGUCAUCAUCUCAUUCCAAGGAGCAGCAGGCUAACAACGGGCCUAGGCCAGAGAACUUGAGGCACGAGGGUCCGAGGCACGAUGGUCAAAGGCACGAGUACAACGGAAGGUAUAACUGGCGAGGAAAUGGAAGGCGCGGCGGAAGGGGUCGUGGGCCUUCUCAACGUACGAACUUUACGGAGGACUUUGAUUUCAUGGCGAUGAAUGAAAAGUUCAACAAGGACGAGGUUUGGGGUGAGCUUGGAGGAAAGGUUGAACCAAGGAACGGAGAGGACGAGCCUGUGAGCGAGAACUGGCAGAAACCGGAGGACGGGAAAAAGCCGGUAUAUGUCAAGGAUGACUUUUUCGAUUCUCUCUCCUGUGACACUCUGGAUCGUGAGGGUGGUACCGAGCGCCCCAGGUUUUCAGAGCAACGUAAGAUCAACACUGAGACUUUCGGGGACGCUUUUUUGAGGUCUCGUGGUCGGGGAGGCUACAGAGGUGGCUACCGAGGUGGACAGUUUCGACGAGGUGGUCGACCACAUCAACCGGCUGCUGUAUGAAGGCUAAUAAAAGCUUGAUAACGGGUUUGGAUCUGCUGGUAAUGUACACUAUGCUGUUGUGUAACUACCUAGACUCCCGUGCUUUCUUAACGCUAAGCUAUAGGAGGUCGUGUUUUCGUGCAAUUUUGUGGUUUUAGCUCGGUGCUAACUACAAGUUUCUUAACUGCAAACUAAAACUUCUGGUUUCUCUUC